CACUUCUUAAAAUCCUUUCAAAAAAUAGAAUCAAGCAUUGGUUUCAGCAACAGACAAGCACAGUGCAAUUAAAGAGUGUAGGAUACAGCUGAGAGUCAACAUGAAUUGUGUGCUUCUCCUUCUACCACUCCUAGCUGUUGCAUGCUGUCAUUCUACAGAUUUAGAAACAAAACCCUUCUUAAAUGAGACUGAGACUCUUGGAAAUGGCCAAGACAUGGGGUCUGCAGUGACCCAUAGAGGAUGGACGUACCGAUUUGUGACCACACCAAUGACCUUUGUGAAUGCUGAGCUUUACUGUCAAAGACUUGGACGUCGAGGCCAUCUGACAUCCAUCCAUUCAUACUGCAUUAACCACCUGUUAGUUCAUCUUGUACGGAGGUGCAGCCGUAACGUAGCAUCUGUUUGGAUUGGAGGCCUACAAUUUUUGAAGACCAAACGCUUUAUAUGGCUUGAUGGAUCCAGGUGGAAUUUUGCCAGAUGGGGACCAGGAGAACCUAACAAUGUGUAUGGUAGAGAAGAAUGUAUAGAAAUGUAUACAUCUCAUUACCGACCAGGCUAUUGGAAUGAUCUCUUCUGCUCAUAUUCCAGACCAUUUAUCUGCAAAUACUAAACUGCUGUGGAACUUAACAGAUAUUUUUCAAAACAUCAAUUAAUCCCAGACUCCUAACAAAAUGGAAUCAUUCCAGAUUAUACAAUUUAAAUGCCAUCUUUGUUUUUAUAUAGCUGGAUGUAUAUAUAUUUUUCUUUUGUGGGAGGAGCAAGCCCUCCCUUCACAGUCAUAUUUUUAUUACUAUUCAUAAGUGAAACAAUCCUGGGGAAGGUGAAUAAUCUCAGGGAAGAUGUGUUUUCCUUCUUCCCUAAAGCUAUGCAGCCUAUGAAUGGUAAUAUUUAAGUAAUGAGGGCUGCAGGAGGACUUGCCAUCCCUCUUGUAAAAAUCCCAUAUUUAUUUUCAUAUCCUUGUAAUGACCAGGAAUUCAAAAUGCCAAUUAAAUGUGCUCAUUUUGGUACUAUAUUAUCAUGAAGUACAAUUAUUAGUUAUAAUUAUUAAUUUUUUUUCUUCUGAAACUGUACAAUCCAGCCACAAGUCUGUGGUGCACUUAACGCAUUCAGGCUUACAUUGGCAUUUACAUCCAGGGUUUUAUGCUUGCUGAAAUAUGACACUGCAUACUUCUUUCUGUUUGCUUUAUAACUACUGAUUGCAAUGAAAUAAAAGAUUGUAUGAACACCA